AUGAUAACUAAUCAUCCAGCUUAUCCAAAAAAAGAGAUUGAUAAAUAUUAUUUGCAAACUAAAUUGCCAGAAUAUCAAACAGUUCCUAUCAAUGAACAUUAAAAAAAAACCCAUGACUAUUAUAAUGAUAAUACACAUAUUUGGAAUAAUCCACAUCAAGCGAAAUCGAAUGCGAAAGUUUUCAAAUAAUUAAAAGAACAACACGACUAAGGUUAGAAGAGAAUUAAGAAAUUGUAAGAGGUGGAAUAGAAAGAGAAAUAGGAGUUACAACGCAAUAAAAUAAUAUACUAUAAUAUGGCAAGAGAAGAGGAUCUCAUGCGAUUACAAUAACGAAAAUUAGAAAGAGGUAGUCUACAAAACUUAAGUUCGCAGCGCAAUGAUGUUUAAGUAGAUUCCAUAGCUGUAAAGCCAAUCCUUUCAAGAACAGCAUUACUGGGUCGACCAGACCAUCUAUGGAACAAACUGAAUUAACAAUCUUAAAAAUAUGUUAAUUUGCUGAUCAACCCAAAGAUUUUGCAAAUGGAAGAGCAAGGAGUGAAAGCAAUUAGUGAGAAAAUCUCAAAAGAUUUGGAAAUUGAGUAAAUCAAAGAGGAGUUAAGACUAUAGAAUAUGGAACAUAUUAAAUAAUAAAGUACUCUAAGAAGGAUGACUAAUCUUGAAAUGGAAUAAAGAAGUGGCAUUCUCCCUUCUAGACUAAGUUUGUAAAGAGUAGCCACUGCUUAAACUAAUUGUAGACAACCUAAGGAUGUUAUAGAAUCUACUUUAUAACAAUUGGAACAUCAAUAGCAAUCUCAAACUAUUCAAUAAUUGCAAAAUUAAAUUAUCAAUUCAGCAUAAUACAAUCAGACAAGCAGACCAUAUACAGUUGGAAGUGAUUUCAAUUCCAUUUCUUUCAAUGCUGGAUAAACAGCCAAAAUUGAAUAGCGUAAUAAUCCUAAUCAGAAUUAAACAACCCCAAUUUUUCUGGUUAAUGGUCAAAAAUCAAAAUCUGUAUCUACACUUUCUCACAAGCAUCCACUUGAUAGAACAGAAUUUAAAGGAUUGUUGUUAGCUUAAGCAGUCGAACAAGCUGAGAGUAAUUUUAGUAAAACCCUCAAAGCCAAUAGUUCUUUAUUAAAAGAAACUUCGAUUCACCUCACGAGGACUAAGUAGUCGAUGAUUCCAAAAAAAAGAAUACAGAUAAAAUGUAAUAGCCACUUCCCUAAUGAGUAAAAUAAAAAUGAUCAAAAUGAUUUGUAGAUUGUAAACAGCAUGUUGGAUAGUUUUGAAAGGAAACUGUAUAGAACCAACUAUUUAGAUGAUGAGAAUUUGUGA